UUUUUUUUUUGAAAGAUGGAAUAUGUUGAAACAUGUGUUCUCAAUGGAAUUGAUGAUUUUCUGAUGGAUUUAGGAACAGACCAAUAUUUUGAUGUCAUUGGACAUAACUUUCUUGACACCAUUGAUCUCGAUGUAAUGGAACAGACUAUCAUUGAUGAUGUUAUGGCUGAAAUAUCUGUUACUGAGCAUAAUACCAUGACAGAGCCGGUGAAUAUAUCGCGGUGUAAAAGUGAACCGGCCAUAGUUGAAACGCAUAUACCGAGGACAAGAAGCGAGCCGGUGUUAAAAGAUGUAAUUGAAGCUUUUGAUGCUGAAGGACUCCUCGAACAGUUUGAAGAAGCGUCACAGUCGAUGGAUGAUAAGGACACAAAUGACGUUAAAAAAGAAGCUCCAGUUUUUACACUUCAAACACCUGUCACAGAGUUGGGCAUUAAACAAAAAUGUGGCAAUACAGAAAAGAUGGAAUUAAGUAAGGAAAUGAUACAAAAACUAAAAGCUGUCAAUAAGCCAAAAUCUGCAGUGAUGUUGCCACUAGCAGUCCCUGCUAAGCGGGGUAGAGGUCGUGCGAUGGCAAGAGGUCAUCCUGUAACUUUAUCCGCUAGCUGUACACCUAGACGAUUACAUCGUGUUAUGAUGCAAAAUUCCGAGCUGAAAGAAAGUUUUGCUUUAGCGGAGGUAGAGGUGUCUACUGAAUGUUCUAAGUCAGACACAGUUGAUGACGAUAAAGUGGUUUCUGAUAGUGCUGUUGGUGAAAUGGUUGCACUGAACGGUUCAGAGAUUAGGAAGAAAGCUUCGGACGAGAACAACCAUUUUGAGCAUGUUUUUGAUCAUGAUUAUAUUAAAAAUAGCUUCAAGACUGAUCCACCAGGCUCUGUAGGAGGCUCAAUAAACAUGUACAAAAAUGUAAUAAUGAUAGUAAAGCUAGCAGUGGAUAUGCUUCUUCAACUCAUAGCUCAGACCAUGUGUCUCAAAGGUCAAGGUCAAGAUCUCAUUCAAGAACUAGUAGUACAAGGUCAUUUUCUAGGUCAAGGUCAUUACAAAGGUCAAGAAAGAAGAGGCAGUCCUCGUAUUCUUCAUGUUCUGGAUACUCUAGCUCAAGUUCAUCGUGUUCAGCGUCGUCUUGCUCAAACUCUUCGUGUUGCCGGUCAAGUUCAAGCAGUUGCUCCAGAUCCUCAAAGUCUCGAUCAAGGUCUCGUAAUCGUUCAUGGCGGAGAGAAAGGGAGUUGCGAAAGGAGCGAUCAAGAAGGAGCUUUAGAUCAAGAAGUAGAAAAAGAUCAAGAUCUCGCAGGAGGAGGUCUAGAACAACAAGGUCAAGUUUACAUUCGUACUCAAGGUCAAGAUCAAGAAGUCAUAGAAGAUAUAGAAGCAGUUUCCUGGCAUAAUUCAGGGUCAAAAUAUGCAAGGUCAAGGCCACCAGAUAAGAAAGAGAGAAGAAUUGUGUAUGUAGGCGGUCUACCAAACAAAUACUCAAGACAUACGUUAAGAGAUCAUUUCACCCGGUUUGGACCUAUAGAAAAUGUUCAGUUACAUUUCAGAGAGCAUGGUGAUAAUUACGGCUUUGUUACAUUCACAUAUACCUGUGAUGCUUUUGCUGCUAUUGAAAAAGGCAAAAAGAUACCAGGAUUAUCUCAAUUUGACUUGUGUUUUGGAGGCCGAAGACAAUUCUGUGAUGUGGAAUAUGCUGACUUAGAUGGUAAUAAAGAGAUCGAGGAGGAAUUUGACUCUAAACCUCCUAAGAGGGGUGCUAUGGACUUUGAUGAAUUACUAAGGCAAGCAAAAGCUGGGAUAAAGAAAGUUUAACAGGACGUACAUCAUUAGGUGUUGACUUUUGUGAUAGGAAAAAAUGUGUUUAGUAUAUUAAAUUUACAGUGGACAUGAUUGUCUUGUGUGCUUUGCAUGUAGUGUGUCUGAGUGGGGGAAACAUAAAUAUAAAAUAUAUUAGGGUAUAGAAGAGACAUAUAUGUGUAAUAAAAACAUUGGCAGACAGAAAAACAGUAAAGUAAUAUUAGAUGUGUUCAAAGUACAGGAAAGAUAACCCUUCUCUGGCUUAACUUGCUGAAUUUCUUAAUAAACAUUACACAGUUUCCAUUUUUCGAACGGUUCAGUAUCAAAUUUAGGGUAUCAAGUAAAAAUUUUACAGCUUGUCAGCCAAUAGUAUAGAGUCUGUUCAGACUGUGUUGAUGGGCAGUUUGGCCUGGUUCAAUACUAGUGGCAAUGGCUAACUUGAGUUUAUACCAGGGUCAGGGUUAAUGGGGCAAAACAAGGGCAUUUAUAUACUAUUAAGUUAAAUAAAUCUAGUCACCAGUAUGUUACAGUUAAGAUUCAAGGAAAAGCUUGACAGAUUUUUUAUCUGCCUUCGAUAAAAUUGAAAAUAUUGAAACGAAAUCGUCUUCCUGUCUAUAUCUUAGAAUUCUGACUUACAUUUUCUUGAAACUUGGUAGGAACAUUUAUAAUAAAAGGAAAAAGAGGAUCUUUCAGUUUUAUAAAAAUUUAUAAAAGGGCUUUUUGUGUUACAGCCAUUUCUUACUUAACAAAGCCUCAAAGGGGGCUUUUUUUUUUUUUGAGCCAUAGUUUACAAGUAGUUGGUUGUAAUGAAACUGGGCAUUAAUGUCUAUUAUUGUAAAGAAAUGAUGCUCAUCAAACAUUAUUAAAUCUGAUUGUUUAUUUUUGAGUUACAGAUUUAUGUGAAUUUAAAAAAAAACAAAAAAAACAAUUAACUCUUGGAUUGGUGCAUGAUCAUCGUUUAAAACGGAGACAGUCAUAUCUAACAAAAAUUAUGUGCAACUACGUUUGUUUAUAUUUAACUGUAACUGUUUAAUAUUUUUUAAAAACCCGAGAUCAGUAAUUCAAUAAAUAUUUUUGUAAGAUCUUUAAUUGCUUUAUAUAUACAUUUUACAAUUACCAUUGUCAAAUGAAAUUGAGUAAAGUGUUUAAAUCAUGUCCAUUCCUGGUGUACUUGUUUUUUCGUUAAAUUUGAAAAUUUGAGCAACAAUUUGCCUUCUAUCAGUCUAUCACGACACUUGAAUAAUUCUUAUACCUCAAAUAAAUGGCCACCGUGGAGUUGCGUACAAAUUUAGUAUAUUGCUUGUUGGAUUUUUGUUUUGUUUUUGUUUUACUUCCAUUUUGAUACAUUUAUUUACAUAGCAAUAGAAUCCACGAAACUUACAUUAACAGCACAUCAAUAGACCUGUCCUAUAUAAGAGAAUACAUUUGUACAUUUUGGGGUUUUACUUUUGCAUUUAUAUUUUUGUUUAUGUACGACUUUAUAGACUAAACAUUUCUGAUUUUUUUACCCCCUUGUUAAAUAAUCCGUAGACAAAUCUGUUAUUGUUUUCAGUCAUUUCACCUUAGUGCAAUAACUGGUUAACUCCUAUGGAAUUUAGAAGGACUUAGCCUGUUAGUGCAUUAAGGUGAUGAUUUGUUCUUGGAACUUGUGUUUGCAUGAGUUUUGUUUGAUACAAGUGUAUAUAUAUAUACAUAAUUUUUGUUUCAGCUUUUGUCUAUAAAGAAUGUUAUUGAGGGAAUAAAUAUUUUCAAAAUAUUGA